AGCUUAGCUUCUUGGUAUGAAAUCCGCAACCCGACAGAGGAGUCAUCUUACCUUGAUGAACUUGAAGAAAUGAAAAAAAGCAUAAGCAUAAAGGGGCUAAAAACAGACUAUACUUUGCAUUCGAUGUAAGGCAUAUUAUUUUUAUUUUGCUAUCGCCGUAGUCCGAAGUUAAUCAACAACUUACGCUUACGGACACUAUGAGUUACGGUCAAGGACCAUUAUAUAUGUAUGUACAUAUAUGUAUAGGUACUUCUACAAACACUAAGGUAACUUAAGUUGCUUAAGCUUAAGUUAAGCAAUUGCUUAUAAACUCCAGCAAUGCAUAAGUCCAUACCCAAAAAUUAUCGUUGAGGCAUAAAUACAUAAGUAUGCACAUAUAGUUAUUUUUAGGAAGUGACGCAGCAUAUUUUUUAUAGAUAAAACAAAUGUAUGUAUUUACAUAUGUAGAAGCUUAUCAAAAAAUAUUUUUACACAAAGUUGAAGGUCGGUCACUUGUGAAUACCAUAAGUAUUUCGUAUGCGAAGGGAAUACAAAUGAAUCACUUAGCAUGUGGAAAAUAAAGAAACAAACGAUAAAAAAGAGUUUUCAAGACUUGUCGGUGUCGGCGAAGUUACUUAUCAGUUUAGUGUAAACUAAACGUUGAAAGUGAACAUUUAAGAAUUUCAAACAUUAAAUAUGCCUUCAAAAAUAAAAAUAGUACAAGCAGCUGACAUGUCGCUAGCUGCUAUGCAUUGUGCCCGCUGUGCGGACGGAUUCGAGCCCAACGAGAAGAUCGUCAACUCGAACGGUGAACUCUGGCAUACCCAGUGCUUUGUUUGUGCGCAAUGCUUCCGACCUUUUGAAGAUGGCAUCUUCUACGAAUUCGAAGGACGUAAAUACUGUGAGCGUGAUUUCCAUGUGCUUUUCGCACCGUGUUGCAAUAAGUGUGGCGAGUUCGUAAUUGGACGUGUUAUCAAAGCAAUGGGCGCUAGCUGGCAUCCACAGUGCUUCCGCUGCCAAAUGUGUGCCAAAGAGUUGGCCGAUACCGGCUUUAUACGCAAUCAGAAUCGUGCCUUAUGCCAUGAGUGCAAUGCCAAAGUGAAGGCCGAGAUUACGGGUCGUUAUAUGUGCCAUAAGUGUCACGGCGUAAUAGACGACGCGCCCUUGCGUUUUCGUGGCGAAGUCUAUCACGGCUAUCAUUUUAACUGCACUGCCUGUGGUGUGGAGCUGGACUCGACAGCACGUGAAGUCAAGAGCCGACCGGGCUUAACGGCCAACGAUAUGAACGAAUUAUAUUGCUUACGCUGCCACGACAAGAUGGGCAUACCGAUUUGUGGUGCAUGCCGACGUCCGAUCGAGGAACGAGUUGUCACCGCUUUAGGCAAGCAUUGGCAUGUGGAGCAUUUUGUGUGCGCCAAAUGCGAAAAACCAUUCUUGGGCCAUCGGCAUUACGAAAAGCGCGGUUUGGCCUAUUGUGAGACACAUUACCACCAAUUGUUCGGCAAUUUAUGCUUCGUUUGCAAUCAAGUCAUAGCAGGCGAUGUAUUCACUGCACUCAAUAAAGCUUGGUGUGUGCAUCAUUUCGCUUGCUCCGUUUGUGAUAUGAAAAUGACGCAGAAAUCAAAAUUUUACGAAUACGAUGAGAAGCCCGUUUGCAAGAAAUGCUACGAACGUUUUCCAAGCGAAUUAAGGCAACGUUUGCGCAAGGCCCACGAAAUGUCCAUGAAGAAGAACUUUUAAGUGCUCGCCUUUUAUUGUCUAUAUUGAGAAUAUAUUUUGAAAAUGCAGACUUCUAAUCUGCAAAAAUUACUGUGCGCGUAAUGCGGCAGGGAAGUCAUAAAGCCAAGCAUAUACGAUAUUUUCAAAUCGAAGAUUAUUCCUUUCACCAUUACGAAUAACCUAAUUAAGUGCCUACAAAUUUCAUAUUUAUAUUACGUAACAACAUACUGUAAUAGCCACAGUCUAAUUUAUAAAUUAUAAGCACAAACGCAAAUAUUUAUGCGUACAGAGUAAAAGAAAAAAUAGUCAAUAUUAUUUAUACAUAUGUAAAGUACAGCAGCAGUUACGCAGAGGACUGAAAAGAAUACACAUAAAAACAGCUUCCAUUACAAUUUAUUUAAAACAUAAGUGUACUGUAAGUGCCAACAUAUCCGAAUAAAACUAAACCUUUACAGAUAAGGCGAAAAGUUACUACUGCCAACGUAUCUACAAAAUCA